AUGAAGUGGACUGCUUCCCUCACGAUUGCGCUUGCCGCGUUGCGGCAGGUUGCUGCUACGAACUCAACAUCAUGCACCCCGAGGCUAAUCAGCUACUGGAUCAACGCCAACGCCUCCAUCUCAACGGUCGAGUCGGUCGAUGCGGGCAACGGCUUCUCCGAGGAGGGCAACGUCGCCUUCCCGGGUAAUGUCACGAACUUGCCCAGUCUCUGCGCCGUGAGCUUCAUCGCAAAGACAUCGGAAGGAAAUGAGUACAAGUUUGCCAUGUUCCUGCCAGACGAGUGGAACAACAAGAUCCUUACUGUUGGGAAUGAUGGCUUUUCGGGAGGCGUCAACGCUCCGGCCAUGGCCGUCGGCGUCAAGUACGGCUUCGUCACACUUGGAACCGAUGCCGGUCACAACUCUACCCAGAGCAACCUCACCUGGGCGCUGAACAACAAUGGAGCCAAGCUCGACUACGGACACAGGGCGUUGCACAACUCUCUCGCACUGGCUCAGAGAGUUGUUGAGAAGUACUACGGUCUGGCUCCUACUGCGUCUUACUUCUCCGGCACGUCAGACGGCGGUCGACAGGGUCUCAAGGCUGCUGAGAUGUACCCUCGUGACUACUCGGCGCUCUUGAUCGGUGCCCCGGCUUGGUGGCAGAGCCAUUUGCAAAGCUGGAGGAUCGCGAUUGGUAUCACCAACCUGCCCACCGAUAAUGCGAAGCAUAUCCCAGCCGAGAAGUUCACCGUGAUUGGCGAUGCCGUUAGAAAGCAGUGCGACGCAGCGGACGGAGUCGAGGACAGCAUCGUCAGCGACCCCGCCAACUGCACUAUCAACUAUGACCUCUUCACCUGCGGUAAAGAUGGUGUGGACGCGACAGCUUGUCUGUCCGCUGAGCAAGUCACCGUCGCUCAGGCGCUGUACGCUGACUACAAGGUCAACGACGAAACUGUCUUCCCUGGCGUCAGCCCCUCCUCCGAGUACGGAUGGGGUUCGCUGCUGGGUGGCGGUAAUGGUUCUGAGCCGAACGAGGUGGCCGUCGGCUACAUGAAGUAUUUCCUCUUCAAUGACGCGGAGUGGGCGUGGUCAAGCUACAACGAGACUGUCCCCGCGUACGCCAACGAAACGAACCCCGGUGAACUAGACGUCAACACCUUCAACCUAACCAAGUUCUCCAGCUUCGGCGGCAAGAUCAUCAUGUACCACGGCCUAUCCGAUGCUGAUGUUCCGGCUAAGGCAUCGCAGGUCUACUACGACAAGGUUGUUGCGCAGUCCGGCGGCGACGUCGAGGCCGUUCGCGCUUGGUUCCGUCUCUUCUUCCUCCCAGGACUGGAGCACAAGACCACAACCGUCGACGCGCCUUGGUACAUCGCUGGACCGGGACAGGCGGAACAGCUGCUCGGCGGUGGCAACUACUCGGUGCCAGGCUAUUCCGACGCGACACACGAUGCGCUUCUUGCGCUCCAGCAGUGGGUUGACGGCGGUGCCGCGCCGGACUCGCUCAUCGCAACAACGUGGAAGAACGCGACUGAUCCGACUACUGAAGUCCUAAGACAGAGGCCGAUUUGCCCGUACCCGUCAACCCAAAAGUUCACCAGCGGUGGUGAUCAGUCGAAGGCUGAGAGUUUCACACAUGCCUUUCACGAUAGUUGCUCCGGCAUCUCCAUACGCUUCUCUCUCAACGUUGUUCAUCAUUUCACGAUGACGGCAUCGGCGACGUCCCCGCCGUCCCUCGACGAGGUGCCAGAAGAUGCCCAUGGGGAUUCGGAGCAUGACACCCUCAAAUACUCCCUCUUGGGUCCAUCUCUUACAAAAGCUGGUCAGGAUGCUGUCGAUCAGUCCAAGGUAUCCGAUAUCAUCUACAAUGCCUCGAAAGGAUCAAAAUUCUUCAAUCGUGAAGAAGAACGCGACAAAACCUUGACAAAAAAGAUUGAACAGAUCCUCGAAAAGAAACGCCACCUCGAGAAGCAAGACCUCAGUCGAGAACUUCGCCUCGCUGACCAGCUCAUCACACAAUCGGAGAUGUCCCGAGACCUGACUCAAUACAUCGUGCAUGUCGACUGCGAUGCGUUUUAUGCUGCCGUUGAACUCCUAGACCGGCCCGAACUCAAAGAUAUCCCCUUCGCUGUUGGCGGCGGUGUUCUGACAACGUGUAACUACGUUGCGCGAAAGUAUGGAUGUCGGAGCGGGAUGGCUGGGUUCGUCGCCAAGAAGCUAUGUCCCGAAUUGGUUCUGCUCAAGCUCAACUUUGAGAAGUACACUGCAAAGGCACACGAGGUCCGCGAGAUCCUAGUCGAAUACGACCCUCGAUUCGAGAGUGCGAGUAUUGACGAGGCGUACUUGAAUAUCACGGAAUACUGCACGAAUAAGGGAAUCGAGCCGGCCGAAGCCGUGGAGCAGAUGCGGCGAGAGGUCCACGAGAGAACCAAGAUCACAGUGUCAGCGGGUAUCGCAGCAAAUGCGAAGCUUGCCAAGAUCUGUUCAAACAUGAACAAGCCAAACGGCCAGUUUGUUCUGCCAAAUGAUCGAGGCGAAAUCUUGCGUUUCAUGGCGAAGCUUCCCCCCAGAAAAGUCAAUGGUGUUGGUCGUGUGCUUGAGCGGCAAUUGGCCGAAAUUGGUAUCAAGACUUGCGCAGGCAUCUAUCCUUAUCGCCAAUUUCUCCGACCGCUCUUUGGCGACAAGGCGUACGAAUUCCUGAUCAAUGUCUAUCUUGGCCUGGGGCGCACCAAAAUCCAGCCGGCAGAGGAGUACGAGAGGAAGAGUGUCGGUACCGAGAGCACUUUCAAAGAUAUGUCUGAUCCUCAGCUAUUCAGAGAAAAGCUGAAGUGGACUGCGGAGGAGCUGGAGAAGGAUAUGAAGAGGGCAGAAGUCAAGGGUCGCACGCUGGUUCUCAAGGUGAAGCUUCACACGUACGAGGUCUUUACGCGACAAAUCGUCUUACCAAGAGCAAUAUGUCUGGCUGGCGACCUUUAUCAUUUCUCCGUUCCCAUCUUGGCGAAGUUGGAGGAGGAAAUGCCGGGGAUGAUGCUGCGCCUAAUGGGCCUACGAUGCACCCACCUUGUCAGCACGAAGAAGCCAGAUACGAUGGCAUUCUUUGGCUUCAGAUCACGAAGACCUGACGCCCUGGCAUCACCCGAGAAGGCUCCCAGGCUUGUGCACUCUGGAGCCAGCGGUGAACUUGACGAUGACGGCUGGGAGCGGUGGCCUGAAGAAUCACUUUUGGGGCUUGACAAUCACGAGGGUUUCCGAGCGGUUGACAUCGAGAGCGAUGGUACGAACAUCGACAGCGACCCAAGCCCAGCUAGGAGACACGGCAAGGAGAUUCUACCCAAUCCUGUGCGGGAAUACGCACCCGUCAACGAUGAGAUGUGGGAUUGCCCAAUUUGCAAUCGCCCACAAGCGCCGGAUGAACGGCAGUUCAACGAGCACAUCGACCUCUGCCUCUCAAGACAGACCAUUCGCGAAGCCGUGCACGAGGACAUGCCCCCUGCGCCGCUCUCGAGGUCGACGACGCCGGACGUAAAAAAGGUCAAGGUCGGUGGAGAAAAGAAACGCGGCAGACCACCCGCGAGACCGCCGAGUGACGACCCGCGGCAGAAGAAGCUUUGUUUUGGAUGA